AUGUCUGCUAAAUUCUUUGCCCUCCUUCUACUCGCUUGCUUUGUCGCAGGUAAGGUUCAGAUAGCAUGUUCAUGAGGUGUUCAGAUGAGUAUUUUGCGCGUACUUUCACUUCCGUUUUCCAAUUUCGCACUAGUGGAUUGACAAGUUGGACAUUCGCCCGAAAUAGCACAAAAAUUACUCUACGGAACUUUUCGACAUAAGAGAGCAAUGACUAAGAUUUCCGGUUGUUUUUAGCAAUUUCUCCGACAGAAACCGGAAUAUAUACUCAAUUUUUUUUAGAUGUGUGCAGCAAAUACGUGGCAGUAAUGGAGCAAAACGAAGUGGAUCCUGACGAUCAGUACGAUGUCGAGGAGGACCGUAAAGUGUGCUUCUGCUGCAGAGCAUUUGUCUGUCGUCAUCAAUUAUGUCCGUGCUCGCGCUUUACGGCGCUUUUUUGA